AUGCAUCGGCAGCGUAUCCUGCAGCAGCCAGAGCCUGCGGAGACGCCGCGGCCAGUCUCGGCACCGUCGCCAGCCCAGCUUCCGCGAGCAGCACCGCAACCGCCGCCCGUCAGGCUGACGUGGCCUCUCGCUGGCUGGCAGUGGGGCCUACUGGUCAUCGCGGCGUUCAGCAUGUUCAUCGCAUCAGGCGCUGGUGUUGGCGGAG